UGCCGAGCCAAAAAGGCGAAGAGACCAGCGGAGAGAAGUCAAAGCGAGGGGAAACCCCAGUCUGCAGUCUUUGGAGCUACUUGCACCCAUGGACGCGAAUCAGCUUCGCGAACUGGAGACGCUAUGCCGUGUGCUCUACGAGAGCGGCAACGAGGCUGAACGCUCGCACGCGCAGCAAGCUGUGCUUAUCCUGCAGAGCUCAGCUGAGUACAUUCCACAGUGUCAGUACGUGCUGGACAACUCGUCGUCGCCCUACGCGUUGCUCGUGGCCAGCACCAGCCUAACCAAGCUCAUCACCUCGCACUGGAACAACUUUACCACACCACAGCGCGUUGAUAUCCGUAACUAUGUGCUAGGCUACUUGGCUCAGAAGGGACCCACACUGGAGAAAUUCGUGACCACAUCGCUUAUCCAAAUGGUCUGUCGCCUCACCAAGUACGGCUGGUUCGACGACGAGCAGCACCGCGAGAUUGUGGCCGAAGUGACGAAGUUUCUACAGGCCACAGUGGACCACUGCGUCAUCGGUCUGCAGAUCUUGAGUGAACUCGUCACAGAGAUGAAUUUGCCCGUGGCAGGACGCAACAUCACAUUCCACCGCAAGAUCGCAGUAUCUUUUCGAGAAGAUUCGCUCUUCCGGAUCUUCCAGGUGGCGCUCACAUCCAUUAAGCAGCUCCAGAUGCACAAUAUUCGAGGUGCCUCGCCGCAACAGGAAGCCAGGAUGGGUGACCAAGCGCUGUCAUUGCUCAUCAAGUGCUUGUCCUUCGACUUUAUCGGCACCAACCCGGACGAAUCGUCCGAAGAGACAGGCUCACUGCAGGUUCCCACGUCGUGGCGCUCGGUUAUCCAAGAUCCAGACACGUUGCAGCUGCUUUUUGAUUUUUACAAGACGACCAACCCGCCAAACACGUCCAAGUGUCUCGAGGCGCUCAUGUUGUUUGCAUCAGUGCGACGAAAUCUCUUUUCGCCGGACAAGGAGCGCAGUGUUUAUCUCGCUAACCUGUUGAAAGGAAUCUGCGCUAUCUUGCGCGCACAAGAAGGGCUAUCGGACCAGCAAAACUACCACGAGUUCUGCCGUCUGAUUGGCCGUUUGAAGUCGAAUUACCAGCUCUCGGAGCUCAUGAAGACCGAGUCUUUUCAGGAAUGGAUGGACCUCACGCCCGAUUUUACGAUCAAGUCUUUCCGGCAGUGGCAAUGGUCUGCGAACUCGACACAUUAUUUGCUUGCAUUAUGGGCGAGACUUGUGGCUGCAUUGCCUUACGUGCGCGCAGACUCAGUGCCAGGCUCUCCGAACUCAGGGGCAGUUAACUUCCUGGACACACGCAUUCCUCAGGUGAUUCAGGCUUAUUUACAGUCGCGUCUGGAUUCUGCCGAGCAAUGCGCACUUGAUGAUACGCUGGACAACCCGCUGGAUGACGAAGGUGGUCUGUACGAGCAGUUAGAGAAAUUGCCGACGCUAUGCCACUUCAACUAUCGUCAGACUGGGGAGUACAUCGUAUCGGUAUUGGACCCAAUUCUGAAUCAAUAUGCAAAAGCCUGCAGCAUCUUGGACCAAAAUGGCGGGGCAGCGAUCGCCCCGCAGCAGCAGCAGUUGCAAAGCAUGGAGAACCAGGCGGCUUGGCUCGUAUAUGCUAUUGGCGCCAUUAUAGGCGGCCAAACUUACUCCUCAACGUCAACGGAAGGCGACGAGCUAGUAGAUGCGGACCUCUCACAGCGAGUUUUCCGCGCGAUGCAGUUGACAGAGCAUCGGAUCAUCGCGUCGGGCGGCCAGACGAAGCCUAGUGUGCACUUUGAGUUAUCGUUGCUCUACUACUUUAGCAGCUUCCGCAAGAGUUACAUUGGCGAGCAGCACGGCAUGCCUUCGGCCCCUACGCCGUCGUCCUCUAUGCAGCCUGCGUCGGCCGGGUCGGCCUCGUCGCCUAUUAUGGCUCCUAGCGAAAGUGCCAUGUCAUCUAAGCACAAAGCAUACUUGCGCAUGUUCGAGCGGCUAGGACUGGGCGACCACACGGUCGUCGUGAAUAUGAUGGUAACGAAAGUGGGCAACAAUCUCAAAUUUUGGGGUGAGAUGGAGGUGGUUAUUAGCAAGACUCUGGCGCUUUUCUUCGAGGUUGCAUCUGGAUACUCCUCAGGCAAACUUCUGCUCGGGUUGGAAACCGUGCAGUACCUUAUCGGAAACCACACAGCGGAAGAGUUCCCAUUCCUAGCUGUUCCCGCUAAUACUCGGCACCGGACGACGUUCCACUCGACCAUCGCGCGGCUUAUUUUCACGACAGCGUUCGAUGAAUCUUCAGAGCGGUUCGAGCGAUUCAUGGAGCCUAUCGAGAACGUGCUGAACCAGCUCCUACAGACACCGAACUACCGUGUGCCCGAGGUCCGCGAGGCUGUAAUUGGUGUGUGUCGAGAUCUACGAGGUAUUAUCCAGCAGACGCACAACCGACGCACGUAUAGUUGCAUCUUCGAUCUGCUGUAUCCCGCCUACUUCCCGGUUUUCGUUCGCGCCGCCGACGAGCUGUAUGAUCACCCCGCUGUGACCACCGCUCUGUUAAAGUUUUUGCAGGAGCUGGCGUACAACAAGGCUCAGCGUGUGACAUUUGACCAGAGCUCAGCCAGCGGUAUCUUGCUGUUUCGUGAGCUCAGCAGCGUUGUGGUAGCGUAUGGCCGGCGGAUACAACCAGUACCGGCAGGGAAGAAUCCAUACGGGGAUAAGUAUAAAGGCGUGGCGCUGUGUCUGGGUAUUAUGUACCGUGCGCUGGGUGGGAAUUACGUGAACUUCGGCGUGUUCCAGCUGUACAAUGACAAGUCAUUGGAGAACGCGCUAGAGAUCGCACUGCAGCUUGUCCUAUCUAUCCCUCACGAGGACUUGAUGCACUACCCCAAGGUGAAGAACGCGUAUUUCUUCUUCCUGGAGAUUUUGUUUCGCAAUCAGUUGGCGUCAGUGGUGGCGUUGGAGGACGGUAUCUUUCGCCAGCUGGUGCAGUCACUGCAUGAAGGUAUGAACUCGUACGAUCUGGCUAUUGCUGCUCAGUGUGCGACGGCAGUCGACCACUUAGCGUCGUUGUAUUUCCAGGAGAUGAAGAAGAAGCGCGAUACACCUGUGAAGCAUGCUCUACGUGCACACGUGCAAGGUUCGCCCAACAUGUGGUCAACACUUUUGGCGGCGUUGCUGGACAUCCUAGUGUACGGCGAGGCGAAUUCACAGUGGGCGCUUUCACGACCGAUCCUGAGUCUCACACUGUGCAGCGAAGAAGCACUCACCAACUACCAACAGCAGUUGAGCUCGUCACAGCCACCGGAGAAUCGUGCACAGAUUGAGGAGGCUUUUGCCGCGCUGUUCGCAGACGUCCGUCCCAACCUGGAGGCAGCCAACCGCGACAAGUUCACACAGAGGCUCGGCCAGUUCCGCAACACACUACGCAGCUUCCUCACCAUCCAGUAAUUUAGUUGGCUCAACUACGAAGUACCAGCCUUGUGGUGACGUAUUCGAACAGCGUGCGGGCUGUUCGUGUUGGAUGAUGAAGAUACGUAGACAUGCUAGGAGGACUGCGGGGCCGAGAACUGAAUAAUGAGGAGGUGACUAGUUAUUAGAUUGGUGCGUGCAGGGGCAGAGCGAGCAGGACCUUGUCAUAUUGAGGGAUUUUGAGCGCAUUGCUGACGCGAGUGCAGACGCAUUAAUUGAAAAAUGCACCUGAUAGACUAACAAUGGGAAUACACCACGGAGCACCACGUCAUUGCUUGGUUUUUAUGGAACAAGUGGGGUUGUAUCUGACAGCAUUGAAGAACUAGAGAGUGCUUGCUGACUGUUGGAGUGGUUGCCGUUUGGAGGCACGAGCGGUGACGACGGUACUAUACCAUGCUGGUAUGUGAUCUGGUUAGGAGGCAAUUAGUUAGACAAGCAACGUUUCAUGAACAAGAAAAUCUUACCAGUGGCGGCUUCUUGG